AUGGGACAGCCAGCGCUGGGGCAGCCAAGGGACACAGUGCCAAAUACCUGGGAGAUAAACACUCGGGAAGAGCUGCUGGAACCAAGGGAUGGCAUUGGCAGAGUCCUGGGAACCCCACAGCACGGAGCAGGCUCUGCCACCGGCACAGCGGGGCCAGAAGGGCUGAUUUUGGGUCAGCUGCUGUUCUUUUCCUGCCUGGAUUUCCCGUGCUUUGCUGAAGGCAGGGCUAGGGCGGCAGCUGGGAUGGAGGAGAGGGGAGCACCUUUGGCUGCCUCGGUGCCACCCCUCAGCAGCCGCGUCUGCUCCUCCCGGGCAGGAAUCGGCCGGGCGCUGAGCACCGGCUACUGCCGCCUGUGCCACGGCAAGUUCUCCUCGCGGAGCCUGCGCCAUGCCUUUGGCAAGGUGCCCGUGCUGGGCGAGAGCUCGGAGAAGCAGCGCCGCGUGGACCAGGUGUUCUUCGCCGACUUCCAGCGCCUGGUGGGCGUGGCGGUGCGCCAGGACCCCGCGCUGCCCCAGUUCGUCUGCAAGAAAUGCCAUGCCCAGUUCUACAAGUGCCGCAGCGUGCUCCGCGCCUUCAUCCAGAGGGUGAACGCCUCGCCCACGGGCCACGCCAAGGCCAAAGGAAAGAGCAGCGGGGUCCAGGCACAGCCGGGUAUGGAAGGAGGUGCCUCCUGCCUGGCGGAGCUGAUCACGUCCAGCCCGCAGUGCCUGCACAGCCUGGUGCGCUGGGCGCACGCCCACGCCGGGGGCUGCGCCUCGGUGCCGGCGCUGCGCGGCGUGCUCUCCUCCGAGUACUGCGGGGUGCUCCGCGCCUCCUGGGGCUGCGCCGACGGCCACGACUACGUCAUGGACACGGGCCCGGACCGCGGCUCCGCGCUGCUCGACACCGCCGCCGCCCUCAGGUGUGACUGGGGCAAGGGCCCGGCGCAGCAGCGCCUGACUGACAACGGGGCCGAGGCCGUUGCUGCCCCCAGAGCCCAGCAGGCUGCAGCGAGGACAGCUCCCGGCCAGCAGCCCCCCGGCGCGGGGAGCACGGGCUGCGUGGAGAAGGAGCCCACGCGGGACAGGGAUCCGUCUCCCUCGCGGCUGGACGGCAACGCCUCCGUCCGGGAGCAGGCCCUGCCGCAGCCUGUCUCCCCUCUGAGCACUGCCACAGGCCAGUUGAGUGGGAAGCAGGUUCUGUCUGCAACGUCGGAUGAGCGGGUAAAAGACGAGUUCAGUGACCUUUCUGAGGGGGACUUCCUGAGCGACGAUGAAAGCGAGAAGAGAAACGUGCAAUCCUCAGACGACUCCUUCGAGCCUUACCCCGAGAAGAAGGUUUCUGGCAAGAAAAGCGACAGUAAAGAAGCAAAGAAGGCGGAAGAGCCCAAAAUAAGGAAGAAGCCGGGUCCUAAGCCAGGCUGGAAAAAAAAAAUCAAAUGUGAACGGGAGGAGCUGCCCACCAUCUACAAGUGUCCUUACCAGGGCUGCACUGCUGUCUACAGAGGGGCUGAUGGCAUGAAGAAACACAUCAAGGAGCACCACGAGGAGGUGCGGGAGCGGCCCUGCCCUCACCCUGGCUGCAACAAGGUGUUCAUGAUCGACCGGUACCUGCAGCGGCACGUCAAGCUCAUCCACACGGAGGUACGGAACUAUAUCUGUGAUGAGUGUGGGCAGACCUUCAAGCAACGCAAACACCUCUCGGUCCAUCAGAUGCGGCACUCGGGAGCGAAGCCCCUGCAGUGUGAGAUCUGCGGGUUCCAGUGCCGCCAGCGCGCCUCCCUCAAGUACCACAUGACCAAGCACAAAGCCGAGGCCGAGCUGGAGUUCGCCUGUGACCAGUGCGGGAAGCGCUUCGAGAAGGCGCACAACCUCAACGUGCACAUGUCCAUGGUGCACCCCCUGACCCAGGCCCAGGACAAGGGCAAGGCGCUGGAGCCGGAGCCCCUGGUGCUGCUCGCUGCUGCAGGGACUGCGCAGGGCCAGGCGGUGAAGCCAGAAGUGACUGCGGAGCCCGAGCCCACCUGAGGGCACAGGAGCCGUCCCA